CACACCAGUUCUCUAUCCCUUGCACCGUACCGAUUUCGGCUGUCAGCAGCCAUGCUGCAAAUCAACUUCAUUCACCUUCACCUGCUCCCGGUGGCUUGCUUGGUGGCAACCGCAAAGGCAGAUGGGUGGGACGACUUCGCCAAUAACUUGGCCACAGAUCUCGCGCCGCUCCUUGCCCUGUUCGGCGAACAGGCCACAAAGCAGUUCCUGAGCGAAUCGACCACACGGUGGGACAACUUCAUCUUCGCAAUGGCACCCCUGGGUAUUCUUACCGCUGUCGUAUCUGCGAUUCGCGUGUGCGGUGGGCCCUCCUUGCGCGCCUUCAUCGGCCGAGCGCAAGAGGGAGGAGGAAUUGCCGAGGCCGAGUUGUGCUCGUCUACGAGCCGGGAUGUCUGCGAACUCUACCACAACGGUACCAUCGUCCGAGUGUUUGGACGCCCAAAGAUCUUUGACAUUGUUCACGAUCGUGAGGCAGCCGACUUUCCCGAGGAUGGUGACAGCCAAACAACACCCAAAUGUGGUAUCUACACCUUUCAAGAAUACGUCCAAACGGACGCGUAUGUGGCGGCGGGAUGGGAGGAACUUGGGAAGGGCGCUCAGCUCAAUAUUGAAGGUCAAAACGAUCCGCAGCGCCAUGACAAAGCCAAAAAGGAUCCGCAACACGAUGUCGAGGCCCAAAAGAAUCCGCAGCACGAUACCCCAGCCCAAAAUCCGCCAAAGAAGAAACAGGCCUCUGAUAAGUUCGCCCCAAACCCUAACCUCUCUUUCAACAUAGGCAUACGAAAGCGGUCCAGACACGUCACUUGGCUAGCAGCUACCGUUGGAUUCCUCGCACAAGCUUCAGUUGUGGUGUUUGGCUUUCUUGUCACAUACACAUGGGGCUGGAUGAAAGACGAACAUCUCCCCCCAGCUUGGGCCUUUCCUCUGACGUCGCUCGGAACCGUAAUUUUGUGCGGUGGCAUGUUUUCCUGCGCAUUCCUGGUGGAAAGUAGCACCGAGGAGAGAGUGUUCCGCAGAGACCCGGGCAACAGCCGACGUCCAACCAUUCAUGUGGUACAGCCAGGGGGGCAAACAGUCGGCGAUCAAACCUUCGACUCAUUUUCGUUUGCCGGUUCGACAAACGAAUACAUGACGUCGUGGAAGAUACCCCAACACCCCAUCGCAGAACGGAGGGUCUGGCUUGCUAUAGUCUCGACCAUGUCCGGCUUCGUCCUCCAAUUUGUUGGCAUGAGAGCAAUGCACUCAGCUGUCUCGGUUCUCCAACUUGGAGCCAUUCUACUUAUGAGCAUCAUUCGCGCGGGGCUAAGGACGCAACGUCUGGGCAAGGACCAGAAUGUCUUGCUCGAUCGCCCUGACGAGGUUGAGGGCCAUGAGCUGGACUGGCUGGCCUUGCAAAUGGCCAAGGGGCUAGAGAAGGAAGAGCCAGAGAAGAAAGACCAGGGAAGGAAAUUCUGGUCGGUAAUUGCCGGCCCGGCGAAGCUAUACUCCCCUCCAGACCAUCCCGAACCCAAGCCCGACACGGAUUCUCGACAAAAGGACAACGCCCAAACGCCCGAACGACACCCGGCUCAGACUGCAUUCUUCUACCGAUCCCGGCUUGCAGAAUUGACAAGCCAGCCAACAGGCGUCAAAUCAAGGUCAUCGAUAGCGUGGGACGAGCGUCUGGUACAUGUGCGACAGCAAGCUCUGCAACUAAAGAAGGCCAUUGAGUCCAGUGCCGAUGUUCUCCUCGCUCACGCGAAAGUGAAGUCUGACCGGGCGCGCGAAUCCAUCACUUGGGCCAUCGAUGUAGCAGAAUACGGCCAGUCAGAGUCCGGUCUCACCCCCAAGAAGGCUUCCAAAAUCUAUCUUUCCCUGCACAAGUCAAAAGAUAGCAAGCAGUCUCCGGCAUGGGCAGUAAGUCAGCAAAACCUCGAAGCUGUGGUAGGCCUAUGGGCUUGGUCAAUAGUUUCAGAUCCUAGCACGGAGGAGGCCGACGAAUUCAAACUCCGGGUGUCGAGGGCAUCAGAAGUACCGGCGUCCAGGAUUAUGGCUGUUGGAGUCGCUCAAGAGGACAUAGAACACGCGAGAACGGACUUGAAGUUCUGGAUCGGAGACUUUCCCUCGACGUCAACGGAGAAAUGGACGGCAAUGCCAGAUCGCAUGGAAAGCGGCCCGCAUACUCUAUGGGAGACCCAAGACGAGGAGACAGUUCGCAAAAUAACUGCUACACUAAUGUCACCUGGUUCAAACCAAUCACGGCUGCGACUUUUUGGCUGGCAAUCCGCAGAACUACCAGACUCUUAUUAUUCACCAUCCGAGGUAUAUUCACGGACCGAGCUAUUUGCCUUAACCACCACUGUUAGCCAAUCCAUCUCUGCCACAUGCGCCCAGGACAUAUAUCAGUCCUUCCUCUGCGCAAUCACGGCAGACCUUGACUCCAUCGGAGGGCAAACAAAACCCUUGCAAGGAAGCAGAGGCUUUUACUUUGAGAACGACGUGGUGUCCCGUCUUGCGGAAUGCUUCAAGGAGAGCGGCCUUGGCUCCACACAAGAUGCGUACUUGGUUAUCAUCCCAGCUUUGAGAUGUCGGUCGAAGUUGCCUUUGCCAGGAGAUGCUCUUCCAGCUGUUCACAGCGUCGCUGAAACAAGUAGGAAAGAGGGAAACUUCGAGGAAGCGGCGGCUAUCCUCAAGUGGGCAUGGCAAACUGCACUAGAAACAUAUGACGGACAAGACAAAGGUGCGCUGCAUGCGACCAUGCUAGAGUUGGGCGAGCUCUUUCGGUAUGCUCUUUUCUGGAAAGACGGGUCCCAAACGGAGUUUAGCCGCAAAGGAAUUUCCUGGAUGGAGAAACAGAAGGGGACACAACCAUACGGCCCUUUAGUCGCCGACAUUGUGGACGAGUACGUCAGCCUCGCGACGGUGGACCAUUCUCAGCCGAAGGGAGUCGAGAUGGCGAGAGAAAAUGACUCCAAAAUUCAGCUCGUCGUCGAGGAUCAACGUUGGAAUUCGAUAUCCGGAAAGGGAAUGAAGAAUCUCAAGGAGAUCGCUGAGAGAGCCGUGCCUGAGCUGUAUCCGUACAUCAACAAGUACCGCAGCUUUUUCUCAAACAAGUUGAGAACAAACCCCAACGUGCAGCGGACGCGGGUUGCCAUCCUUGACAGCGGCUUCCUCAUCAUGCCACAGGUGCAAAAAGACAACGAGGCGGACGAGGGCUUGUGGCCGCAGAUUGCGGAAGGAAAGUCAUUCAUCAACAACGCUAGCCGACAACGGCCGUGGCACUUCCCGUCCGAUUCGCACGGCACCCAAAUUGCCAACCUGAUCAGCGCUAUCGACCCUCACUGCGAGAUCUACGUUGCCAAAAUUGUCGAGGGCAGGCAGGGCAUUAUGCCAGACAAUGUUGCCGAGGCUAUAGAGUGGGCUAUCAGUAAAGGAGUGGAUAUUAUUUCCAUGGGCUUUUCCAUCCCGGAUUUUACCGACGACAACCACUAUUCUAAUAUGCUUCAGAGAGCAGUUACGAUGGCGGACUACAGGGGUAUUAUUCAGUUCUGCAGCCACCAUGAUGAAGGCUGGAAUAUAAGGAACUCGUGGCCAGCUAGCUGCUCUGAGACUAACGUGGUCGUGGCAUGCAACGAAUUUGGCAAUUUUUCCGAUCGCUAUGUGGGACAGUAUAACUACAAAGUCCACGGUACAGACAUCUCUGCCGGUGCAGUACCAUAUCUGGAGUCUAAUGAUAGUAUUUCCGGAAACUCAGUUGCUACUGCUAUAGUAGCUGGAGUCUCCUCGCUUAUGCUCUCGUGUCGUUAUAUGCAAUUUCCGGAAGAAAGGUUUGGAGAGAAUGGGGUUGAGUACUAUUCGAAAAAAGAGUUUGUUAAAGCUAUGUUGAAGAAUAUCUCCGACUCUAGGGAUAAUGACUCAUAUAGCGAGCGGUAUAUACAGUUAAGGAAAUUUUCUAACUUUUUGCGGGAUAGGGAUAAAAAAGAAGUGUAUCCGUGGCUUAUGUAGGG